GGCGGAAUGCCCCUCCAGCGCCAAGGCUUAUUCGAAGCCCCAGAUUCAGAGGAGCCGGCCAGACCUUGGCAGUGUAUGAAGGUGGAAGCAGAGGUCGCGGAACCAGUGUUCCGGCCGCUGUGGUUGUCUGGGGGAAGCUGAUUCUGGGGACCGGUUGCGGAAGGCUCCUGCGCUAUUUCCGGCCACCUCAGCGGGAAGCGGAGACGCCAGCAGCUGGCUCGCUGGUAACUGAGACGGGGUCUAACUGUCGUCGCGGCGGAGGAAGUGAGGACGAAGCCAGCGGCCUUCCGGGCCAGCGUUGGGUCCCUGUAGCUUGUGAAAAUGGUGUUGCUAACAAUGAUCGCCCGAGUGGCGGACGGGCUCCCGCUGGCAGCGUCGAUGCAGGAGGACGAACAGUCUGGCCGGGACCUUCAACAGUAUCAGAGUCAGGCUAAGCAACUCUUUCGAAAGUUGAAUGAACAGUCCCCUACCAGAUGUACCUUGGAAGCAGGAGCCAUGACUUUUCACUACAUUAUUGAGCAGGGGGUGUGUUAUUUGGUUUUAUGUGAAGCUGCCUUCCCUAAGAAGCUGGCUUUUGCCUACCUAGAAGAUUUGCACUCAGAAUUUGAUGAACAGCAUGGGAAGAAGGUGCCCACUGUGUCCCGACCCUAUUCCUUUAUUGAAUUUGAUACCUUCAUUCAGAAAACCAAGAAGCUCUACAUUGACAGUCGUGCUCGGAGAAACCUAGGCUCCAUCAACACUGAAUUGCAAGAUGUGCAGAGGAUCAUGGUGGCCAAUAUUGAAGAAGUGCUACAACGAGGAGAAGCACUCUCAGCAUUGGAUUCAAAAGCUAACAAUUUGUCCAGUCUGUCCAAGAAAUACCGCCAGGAUGCGAAGUACUUGAACAUGCGUUCCACGUAUGCCAAACUUGCAGCAGUAGCUGUCUUUUUCAUCAUGUUAAUAGUGUAUGUGCGAUUCUGGUGGCUGUGAAAUGAUGAAUACAGUCACUGGUAAGGGAGAACCUAGAACCCAGUAGGUGUAUAUUUUCAGGAAACUGAGCUCACGGAGAUGUGUAUUAGAAUCCAAGCGGAACUUCUGCCUCUGAAGACUUUGCAAGAAAAGACAUGUCCUGAAAAUGAAAGGUUACGCCAUAUUAAAUGAAGCUUAACCCUAUGUGGAACGUCUCUUUCGGGGGCAGAGGCUUUCUCUGGGUGCUAAGCCAUAUGUGUUAGGGAACAGUAGAUUGUUACUUUGUUUUUUUCCCUCCCAGUACAUUUUAGAAAUGGCACUGACUGGGGCAUUCUUAUUCUCUAAUGGAGCCAGCAAUGAGAUUUAAUUUAGCCAGCCUGUGCUAGCAGCAUUCUGAAAUUCCUUCAAAGAAGGCAGUCCUUUUGGAAGGGGUUUUUUUUUUGUUGUGUUUUUUUUUUGUUGUUUGUUUUUUGACUCUAAUCAACAUUCCUUUUGUUGGUAACAUUUGUGAUUUUGAGUAAUAUGAGUUUUUGAUGGCCUUUUAAACAAGACUCCAGUAUGUGAAGGUUAAUUGCUGUGCUCUACAGAUCUUGUCUAUUGGCCCCUGUAGAAAGUUAUCCUUUGUUGUUUUCCUUUUAUAAAUUGCUUAUUGCACAAUUGCUUUAGGGUUAAAUGAAUUAUAUUAAUAUGCCUUGAAAUUAUAGCACUCCUUGAUUAAGAAGCUGAAAUAUUUCUCUCAUUUACUCCUUAAACAAAAGACUAAAAUUAGUUUGGGACAUUGUUAGUUUUAUUUUGAAGCAUCUGAUUUGUAUUAGUAUAAGAGCAAGUAUAGCAUAUGCUUAAAUGAGGUCCUUGUCUUCAUGAGAAGAAAGGAAGACCCAGGUUAUAAUUACAGCCUUCUCCUGCCCCUUCUUUACUUUCUCUACCACAAUUUUCUCCACUGUUUGUUUUCCUCCUCCCACAAUUUGCUAACAUUUAAAAAUUUUUCCUGCACCCAGUAGUUUCAUGUCCUGUAGACAUCCUCUUAGGGCAUUCUCAAAUUUCAAAAUAAAAAAUAUUAAUCUAUAUAGCUAAUUAAAGUUUUUGCAGUACUCAAACUACUAAAUACAUUUGCCUGAGAAAAAGUCUCUGUUUUAGUUCAUGUAAAUUCUCUGAGAAUGUUCUAGAGAUAGAUAACUCAUUUAUAGUGGUUUCUAUUAACUAAUUAAAGUACCCAUGAUUUUUUCCUUUACUGCUCAGGGAUGAUGAGGAUUUCCUUUUACCUUCUGAGGUAGAAUUUUUUAAUGAGGAGAAUAGGCCUUUUAAAUAUUAUCGCAGGGGUCUACAAUAUAACUUAAAACUCCUAUACGUACUGCAAAUAUUUCUUUAAAUUGUAUGGGAAAACGAGCCAACUUAUUUCUUAAUAUCUUUGGCGAGAACUUUAACCAGCAAGCAAUUUUAUAACCCUGAGGGAUCAUCAAAGAUACUAUCCUGAUUGCUGGUAAGGAAAAAAAUAUUUUUCCUUAUAACAAGGCAAGGAGAAAUGCUAUUUUAUUCCUCAUAAUUUAUAGAACUACAAAAAUUUUUUUCUUUUAUGGACCUAAAUCUGCCAAUUGGGAAUUUUGUGCAUGAAAUAUGAAGUUACUUUUUAUAGAUAAUAAGUGCUUUUAAGUCCCCAAAAGACUCCUCCGUAAGUAAUGAUGAUGUUGAUAAUAAAAGCCUUUGACGGGCUGAAAUCCUAAAUAGUGGUACCAUAGUAUUUGGUGCUUCUAAAAGAGUGGAAAGGGGCAGCUCAUUGUUUAGAGUUGCAUGCUGCAACCUAUAAUGGUCAGCACUGAAAUAAAUGCUUCUAGAAUGUUCACUUCAGUGUGAAGUUUUGUUAUCUAGUUAACUUAUACACAUAUAUCCUUUGUAGAUACAUUUCUGUCUAAUCUUGGUAGGCUAAGAAAGAAGGGAUGGGGUGAAUGUCAGCAGAGGAACAAGAAAGUAGUUUAAGAUCAGGGUAGCAGAAAGAUGAGAGAGCAAGACUGUCAUAAUAUGGCUCCUGGUGUUCUUUAUAAGAGGCAGUGGGAAGAUCUGACUAGAUGAAAUGUAUCAGUAACCAAACUGGCAUCUAAAACAGAAUGGGGUAAAUAGCAUAUGGGGUUAUUGGAGGCACAGUAAGAAAGGACACCUAGUCUGUUUUGGGAAGGAGUAGGGUAAGAGAAGACUUUGUGGAGAAGGAGAAUAGGGCAUUCGAGGGAGAGUCAAUGGCAUGUGCAAAGGCAUGAAUAAAGAGAGAGCAAAGCAUAUUUUGGAAACUUAACGGCUUGGUUCAGCUUAGCCCGUAGGGCAAGCAUAGUCAACAGAGGAGAGUUGAGGAAUGAAAACUAGAUUGGUACACCAUCAUAAAAGGACUUGUCUUAUCAUGCUAAGGAGGUUAGACUAUGUUAAUGGCAGUGGCAAAGGAUGGCAUCAGAUUUAUAGUUUCAAGUGAUCAUUUUGGCCUUGGCAUAAAAGAUAUAUUAGGAAGGGAUAAGCCUGGAAGUGGACAGAUGAAAAUAAGGAGCCAUCAAAUGCAGAAUGAAGCUCAGGCAGAUUUCAAGUGAUUUUCAAGAAAGAUGUGAUCAGAAAUACCAGAUAAUAACUCUUACAUAACACUGUGUUAGGGCUUAUUUCUCACACUGACUCAGCAUUUUCUUACAUAGCACUUCUUAGGGCUUAUUUCUCACACUGACUCGGCAUUUUCUUACAUAGCACUUCGUUAGGGCUUAUUGCUCACACUGACUCAGCAUUUUCUUACAUAGCACUUCGUUAGGGCUUAUUUCUCACACUGACUCGGCAUUUUCUUACAUAGCACUUCGUUAGGGCUUAUUUCUCACACUGACUCGGCAUUUUCUUACAUAGCACUUUGUUAGGGCUUCUUGCUCACACUGACUCGGCAUUUUCUUACAUAGCACUUAGGGCUUCUUGCUCACACUGACUCGGCAUUUUCUUACAUAGCACUUCGUUAGGGCUUCUUGCUCACACUGAGUCAACAUCCUGAAGUAAGUACUCUUCAUACCACUAUAUAAAUAAGCUUCACAAAGGGUUCUGCUGUGAGGCAUGACAGAGUUAAGUAAUUUGCCCAAAGUCACAGAAUUAGAAAGUAAUAGAGCUAAGAUUUGAACUUAGGUAGUUUAGCUCCAGAGUCUGUACUCUUAACCACUAUGCCACCACCAAGAGGUCAUAUAAAAUAAGUACCAAAAAAUGUAUUUUUGAAUUUAACAACCAGGAACUUAAUCAUACAGGCAGAAGUAAUUCCAGCACACUGGGGACAGAAGCCAGAUUGCCAUAUGGGUUAAAGAGUGUGUAAACCACUAGGAAGUGAAGACACAGAACUACUCAAGUGUUUUUCUGGUUAUUAUGACACUGAACUUCAUGGCUUGUUUUAAUUAAACAUCUUACAAAUGUCAAAAUUUAGAAAUAUUUGGACAUUGUACACACUCUGGUUAUUUAAAUGUCUAACAAUGAUUCUUAAGCAUUUUGAGAAACCUUUAAAAAUCUGAUGAAAGGUAUGUGCCAUUACUCCAGAAAAAUGCUCCUGUGUACAUGCACACCAAGUACCAUAUACUGUUUCAGGCUGUUCAAGGACUACAAAGUCUGUUCAUGACCUAGUGGUCCACGUUUCCUCAGUUAAAAGCUCCAGAGAUACAGGAUGUGGAACUCAAAGGUAAGUACCCAGAGCCUUGAAAACUCCAGUUAUGGUGACUUGGAAGAAUUCUACAAUUUGAAUUAACUUUGUGGAGAGAUGUAUUUUUGAAAAAUUGUAUGUACCCAAAAAAAGUCAUAUCAAAUAAUAUUUUCCUGUAGUGUAUUCAAGGGUCUGGUUCCACAGAAAAAUACUGUUUUGGUCUCAGUUCCUCAAAAUCACAUUUAAGGAGCUUGAGAUUUAUAUUUUCCACUUAAGUCUUAGAAAAGCUAGUUAGGAAGGAAAAUAAUCAUUUCUGCACACAUAGGAUUUAGUAAAACAUGUAUAAUAAAACAUCUCAUAUCUUAAAUUUCCACCUUGUGUUGGUAGCUUUCAUGACGAAGGGCUCAGGUAUUGGUGGCUGUACAAUUAAGGUUUUUGGUAGUGAAGUUAGCAGAACUAGUGAUGGGUUUUUUCCUCCAGAUAGCUCAGCAGGAAGGUAAAUAGCAGUCAUUGCGUGUGUGACAAAUUUUGAGAUAAAAUGAGCAAAUUGAAUCUCACCUCCUAUUUAUAUUACUGUCAGGCAGGAUUCACCUAGCAGUGUAAAACUAUCUCAGCCAAUUUAGUCACUCGGUUCUCAUAAAGUGUGUUUCAAGUACUGUAACAAUCAUGUUCAGAUUAGAAAAAUCACUAGAAAUUUGCCUUCUAUAUAGUAAUCUAUGCUUUUUUCUCUCAUUUCCUUCAUUUUUUGAGCACUAAGUAUUAGGCAUUUUACAGGUAUAAUUACAAUUCUUAGAAGCAUUUUCUGUGCUUGCCCAAGGUCACAUAGCUAGCAGGUUAAAGCAGAUUGAAAUCCAGGCCUGCUAGACACCAAAUUAUUAUUUAAGAGUACUUUUCACUACUCCUAAAUAAUGACACAGACACGUUUGUCUUAUGCACUUCACUCGUACUGUCAGGUUAGUAUGUUUAUUUUGGAAAGUGUUUUUUACAAUUUCUUUGUAUUAUUUCAGUACCUUUUAAAUUCAUUACCUCUUCUUUAUUCUUUUUAAAUAGUUUUUUGCUUUUGCUAUUUUGUUCUCCCUUUUUUACUCUUGGCUUGUAAUACAGCUUUCCUCAUUUGCUCCUUUCUCAUUUGAUCUCAAAAUUAAUCGAACCGUUUUCUACAUCUGAUUCACUAGAAUUUUAGCCAUUUAAAAAAAUCCCAUUUUUCUAUGUCCUUUUGCCCAUUCUCUUCUCUUUGCCUCACUUCUUUUAUUUUUCCAUUUUACUUUCUUUUUCUUGUUGUUGCUUUCAUUUUUUGUUUCCCUAGAUGUUGUUUUACAUACAGAUUAAUGUACUGCUGCAAUUCUGCAUCUAUAAAUUAGAGCUUCAGAAUCAACUGGGUGUAUUUAUUCUUUAUUUUUAGGCCUAAAUUUAUAUUACCUUUUACUGAUUUUAUAAUAUACUGUGCUCUUUCAUUUUAGUCUGCACAUUAGCCAAAGAAGAUAGGCCGCAUUUUAGGAAAUCUCUUUGUAAAAAAUGUCAAGCAUGGCAAGAAUUCUCCAAGAAACAAGCUCCUCUAAUUUGUCUUCUGUGUUUAGAGCUUCAACCGUUGAUUGUAUUACUCAUAACUCCCCAGCAUACCCUCAAACUUGUGUUUUGCACCCAAGUUUUUUUGCUUUUUCUAUAUCUGCUAUUGACUAUCCCAUAAAUACUUAAUUGCAUCUAAAAUAUAUUACCUCCACUCCAUUGCUCAAAGAUGAAACCAAACCUGUGCUUCUUACUAUAUUUCCAAUAUUUAGGCAUCACUUGCCAUUCCUGUACCUGAGCUACAUGUCAUGAAUUGUAUUACACGCCUCUGUUUUCUUCUUUCACCUCUAACGGGACUGUUGACCAAAAUCUUUUUUUUAUAUAACUUUCAAAAGGUAUUUCAUUUAUUACGUCAUUUCCAUCCUUUAUGUUUCGGGUUUAAGCACUCAUUAACGUUAACAUGGAUUCUUGCAGUAUCCUCCUUACUGAUUUUGUUACAUGUCCCUCUUUUAUGUCAGUACCACCAUGAUAAUACCAUGGAUAAUUUUUUUAAUGCUAAUCAUACUGCAUUUUCUUUAGAAUAAAAGAUCAAAUACUCUAGUUUGCCAUUCGUAGUCUGGCCCCAUUGUACCAUUCUAGACUCAUCUCCUGCCACUACCCACCACUCUUAUUUUGUUUAAAAUUAAGCUAGCUUCUCAAACCAGUCAAGCACUUUACCUUGUACUUUGGCUCAGUGUAUGCCUUUUCUCCAGAAUAUCUUUCUGUAUACUUCUCUCCCACCCUUUUCCCUUUAAACCUGCUGCUAUGGCUUGGAUGUUGUUUGGCCACUCCAAAACUCAUGUUAUAAUUUUAUUGCCAAUGAAAUAGUAGAAGAUGGUACUUUUAAGAGGUAAUUAGGUUGCUAAGAUGGAUUAACAUCUUUUUCUUCACACUGAGACUGGGUUAGUUCUCAUGGAUAUGGUUAGUUCUCAAGAGAGUGAAUUGCUAUAAAACAAUGCUGCCUCUUCUGUUUUGCACUUUUUGUUUGCACAUACUCGGUCCUCUUCUGUUUCUCUACCAUGUUUUGAUGCAACAUGAGGCAAUCAUGAGAAGCCACCCAAUACAGCUGCCUGAUCCUGAAUUUUCCAGCCUACAGAACCAUGUGCUAAAUAAAACUCUUUUUAAUAAGUUA